UUGCCAUAUCUAAAUGAAACACAGAAAUGUUAUGGGGAGAUCAGUGUGCAUUUCCUCUGGCGAGCCUGGUGUCUUUCUGCCUGGCAUCCAGGGUGGGGGCUUGCAAGCCUGACUUCUCUCACUUUUUUUCUGGGGCAUAGUGUCUCUGUGUAUGCGCUCCUGUGUGUGUGUGUGUGUGUGUGUGUGUGUGUGUACAUGCUCUCGGGUGUGUGAUGGAAUUGAGGAGGGGGGUUUGCUGCUGUGUUUUUGAUCUGAUUCACUUGACAGACUCUUUGAAUCCAGCCCACCUUUCUGCACAUGUCAAACAGAUGGGAUCAUUGUUAAAAGCCUUGAGAGAGCCGUGACUGAGCAGUGGAGUCCCAGUCUCUAUUGAACUGCUUAAAGAGGGAAAAAAAUACUGACUAAAGUGAUGAGUGCUAGGGAAGAGAGGGGAGGAAGAAGGCAAGCCUGAGAUGCAGGGACUGCUGCUCAGACACCCACGUGCUCAAACUGUUAUCUUCUCUGAGGACUGCUCUGGAGACAUCAGAAGCUGCUGUAGGGAGAUCCUGGGACUCCUUUAAGGUUAAGCCAAGUCCUCUCAGACUCAUAAGGUGACCGAAACAUCAGUCUGACACUCCAAAGGACCUCUUCCGGAUCCUUGCCACACACCAAGUUGGAAGAGGAUUAGAGCAAAAGCCUCACCACUCACUCACCCCAACAGCCAGCUGAGGGGACAUUCUGACCUGAAGGGGCAGACUGACAGCCGGAGUGGCAUCUUGCAGAGGAGCACAUCUGCAGAGCGGAAAAAAGUUAACAGAGGCUGUGUGCCAGAGGGAGAGUGUGGCAGAGAGAAUUCAACUGGUGCCAGGGCCCUUCGUCAAGUCCCAGCAAGAGGUGGGGCUUCCCAAAAGCCAACCUGAGCCUCUGGAAGGAAAUUCAAAGGCACCAAAAGAAAAGAACUUUAUUCUUCAAAACAGAGCAGCACAGGAGGUGGAGAAGCAGCCCCUGGUGGGUGGAGCAUAGGACCCCUGGGUGCACCCACACCUGCCACCAGAGGAGGCCCUCUGGGGGGACAACUGAAAAUUUGACACUAGAGAAGGACAGUUUCCCCUGUGCCUGCACCCUGCUCUUCUCCCAUCUGUCCCAUGUGGUACCUAGAAGUUGGCAUCUGGUUUUGUGCCAGUUGCUGGGGAGGAAUGACGUGUGUAAAGGCAUUGAGAAUAAGCCUGGUGAUUCUGGCCGGGUGGGCUCUCUGCACUGCUGGCUCCGAGCCCAGGGUAUCACUGGAUCAGAGGGGCCCCCCAGCUCAGCUGCUGUCAGAAGGCGAUCACUGCUGGCUGGGUGCCAAGGUGCGCAGUCUCAGAGCUUCUCCCCAGCAUCAUGUCUUUGGGGUCUAUCCUAGCAGGCCUGGGCAUUACCUGCAGCCCUACCCUCGGGGGCAUGAGGGAGCCCCUGCUGCAGGACACCAUAAACCAGAUGCCCAAGCAAAGCCUGGCAGCCUCGUGGCCCCUGCCUGGAGCACUGAGGCAGAGCAACCAGCUGGUCCCUGGGGAGGUGUUAGGCAGCCCCAGUUCCCCAAAGAUGAUGCCUCUUCUCCAGACAAUGGAGGACCCAAAGAGUCUCUUAGCAAUGCAGGAGCUCCAGAAGACUUGGCCACCACCUCUGUGCACCCCAAGGACCCCAAAAUAGACACCAGAGGGAAAUUCUGGACCCAUCCCAGGUAUCGCCGCCAGACAGCAAAGCAGCAGGCAUCAAACGUGCGGGGAGACCUGGAGAUCUUUGCCCAGCAAGUUCCACUUGGUUCUCAGUACCUCCGUGUGCCCAGGGCCCAUGCCAGCCCUGCCCCAUCAGAGGCCACCACCCUGGACACUGCUGCUGAAGGGGGCAUGCUCUGGGAGUCCGAGCCCCUCAUCCCCCACAAAGGACUGCCUUUCUUGUACUUCUCUGGGAGGCGGGAGCAGCUGCAGCUGCGUCCUGAAGCUCUGGCCGAGGUUCCCCGGGAGGCGUUCACUGUGGAAGUCUGGGUGAAGCCGGAGGGUGGUCAGCACAACCCAGCCAUCAUCACAGGUGUGUUUGACAACUGUUCCCACACUGUCAAUGACAAGGGCUGGGCCCUGGGGAUUCGCACCGCUCAGGACAAGGGCAGUGAAGAUGCUCGCUUCUUCUUCUCCCUGCGCACAGACCGUGUGAAGAAAGCCACCACCGUGAUGGGCCACCACCGCUACCAAGCUGGCAUGUGGACUCACUUGGCAGCCACUUACGAUGGGAAGCGGAUGACUCUGUAUGUGGAUGGGACCCAGGUAGCCAGUAGUGCAGACCAGUCUGGCUCCCUCCAUAGCCCCUUCAUGGCAUCUUGUCGUUUUUUGCUUCUCGGCGGGGACCUGUCGGAAGAUGGACAUGCAUUCCGAGGAUACCUGGGCACACUGGUCUUGUGGUCCUCGGCACUUCCCCAGAGCCACCUCCAGCAUGGCUCUUGGCAUCCCAGCGAGACUGCCAUGCUGAGCAGCCUGAUCCUGACAGCCAAUUUCAAGCUCCAGGAAGAGCAGUGGACCCCCCUCAGAGAAGGAGGGCUCCCCCAGCUGGAACUUCUCAGGGGCUCUGUGCCCCAGCCCCAGGUGGUGUCUCCUCUGCAACCCCCCCGCUGUGGGCAAACAGCCUGCGACAACGUGGACUUGAUCUCUCAGUACAACAUGCAUCGACCCCUCUGGGGCAAGAAGGUAGUCCGCUACCAGGUGGUUAACAUCUGUGAUGAUGAAGGUCUGAACCCCAUGGUGAGUGAGCAGCAGAUCCAGCGGCAACAUCAGGCUCUGGAGGAGGCCUUUGGCCGCUACAACAUCAGCUGGCAGCUGCAUGAGCUGCGCGUGCGCAACUCCACACUGCGCUGGCGCUCGGUGCUGGUCCACUGUGAGCCCAACAAGGUAGGCAACGACCACUGUGACUCGGAGUGCAAUCACCCCAUCACUGGCUAUGAUGGUGGUGACUGCCAUCUGCAUAGCCGCUGCUACACCUCGGACCUCAGGGACGGCCACUGCCAGCCUGAGUGCAACAACAUGCUGAAUGACUUUGAUGAGGGGGACUGCUGUGACCCCACGGUGACCAGUGUGCGUGUGACCUGCUUUGAUCCAGACUCUCCCAGGAGGGCUUACAUGAGCGUGAAGGAGCUGAAGGAGGCGCUGCGGCUCAACAGUACUCACUUCCUCAACAUCUACUUUGCCAGUUCUGCACGGGAAGACUUUAUGGGCUCUGCCACCUGGCCUUGGGACAAGGAAGCACUCAGUCACCAGGGUGGUGUGGUCCUCAACCCGACUUAUUAUGGCAUGCCUGGCCACACCAACAACAUGAUCCAUGAGAUGGGACAUAUCCUGGGCCUCUAUCAUGUCUUUAAAGGAGUCAGUGAAAGAGAGUCCUGCGAUGACCCCUGUCAGGAGACAGAGCCAUCCAUGGAAACAGGAGACCUCUGUGCAGACACUGCUCCUACUCCCAAGAGUAAGCUGUGCCAGGAUCCUGAGCCCAUCAAUGACACUUGUGGCUUCACCCACUUCCCAGGGUCUCCAUUCAACAACUACAUGAGCUAUACAGAUGACAACUGCACUGAUAACUUCACCCCCAACCAGGUAGCCCGAAUGCACUGCUAUUUGGACCUGGUAUAUCAGGAAUGGACGGAAAGCCAGAAGCCCACUCCCAUUCCUAUGCCACCCAUGGUCAUCAGGCAGACCCCUGAGUCCCUCACAAUCCACUGGCUGCCCCCUAUUAGCGGAGUUGUGUAUGACAGGGCCCCAGACAACUUGUGCAGAGCCUGCAGUGAGGACGGAACAUUCCACCAGUAUGUGAACAAGGCUUCCUCUCCUCGUGUGUGUGAUUCCUCAGGUUAUUGGACCCCAGAAGAGGCUGUUGGGACCCCAGAUGUGGACCAUCCCUGUGAGCCGAGCCUGCAGGCCUGGAGCCCAGAGCUGCACCUGUACCACAUGAACAUGACCGUGCCCUGCCCCAGUGAGGGCUGCAGCCUGGAGAUGCUCUUCCAGCACCCUGUUCAGGCCAACACCCUCACCCUCUGGGUCACCUACCUCUCCACAGAUUCCUCCCGUGUCCUUUUUGACACAGAAGUUUUACUGGAAAACCAGAAGUCUGUACACCUGGGCCCCCUGGAUGCAUUCUGUGACACCCCCCUCACCAUCAAACUGAAUGUGGAGGGGAAGGUCUUAGGGGUGAAGGUCUACACUUUUGAUGAACGGAUAGAGAUCGACUCGGCCCUCCUGACAUCCCAGCCCCGUAGCCCCCUGUGUUCUGCCUGCAGGCCUGUGAGCUACCAGGUGCUCCGGGAACCCCCUUUUACCAGUGGCUCAUCCAUGCUGGUGAAUCAUCCCCACACAAAGUUCACAGACAUGGAGGUGACACCAGGACAGAUGUACAGGUACCAAGUUCAAGCAAAAGCUGGAGCAGAACUGGGAGAAGCUUCUCCUGCACUGAGCCACAUCCAUGGAGGUCCUUUCUGCAGUGAUGGGAAGGUGGAUAGGAGCCUGGGAGAAGAGUGUGAUGAUGGUGACCUUUUGAGUGGAGAUGGCUGCUCCAGGUCAUGUAAACUGGAGAAAGGUUUCAACUGUGCAGGGGAUCCCAGCCUGUGCUACAUUUAUGAGGGAGAUGGGAUCUGUGAACCUUUUGAGAAGGAAACCAGCCUGGCAGACUGUGGUCUCUAUACUCCCCAAGGGUAUCUGGAUCAGUGGGCUACUCAUGCCUACUCCUCCCAUGAAGAUAAGAAAAAGUGUCCUGUUUCCUUGGUAACUGGAGAACCUCAUUCCAUGAUUUGUAAGCCAUACCCUCAGGAUUUAGCAGAGAGGCAUCUCCUGAUGGGCUGGUUCCCCUGUGGUACCAGUGGAAACAGAGCUCAGGAUGAACAGGGUGAGCAGCCAGAAGGCAGCCUGAGGAGAGAUCGUGAGGUUUGGCUCAAAGUGUCUUUCAAUAGACCAGAAGUAGCCACAGCAGUCUUCAUUUUCUUGACAUCUGUUGGAUUGGUUCCUGGGAAACAUCGCCAGCCAACAGUGGACCUCCAGCUGAUCGAUGUCAAUGGAAACAAUCACUCUCUUGGAACCUAUGAACUGUCAUGCCAGCAUAACCCACUGGUUGUCAAUAUGACCCUUCACCCUAAUGUCCUCUUCCACCGGACCACUUCAGUGCUGCUCAAGUUCUCAUCCCCCUUGGUGGGCAUCUCUGCAGUGGCUCUAAGGACAUCCUCCCAUCCUCUAGGGACAAGUCCUCCAGCUCCUGAUAGCUUCAACCCAGGAUACCAGGGGGAAAAUCAUCAGGGACAGGGCUGUGCACCCUUGCUGCUGGACCACUCGGACAUAGUGAACUGUACCUCUGAUGGCCCUGGUCAUAUGAAGUGCACUAUCACAUGUCAACGAGGAUUUGCCCUGCAGGCCACCAGUGGAGGGCACCUCAAGCCCUUGCAGAAGGAAAUGCUGUUCACCUGUUCUUCUGGACACUGGGACCGGGUGAUGAGCUGCAUGCCUGUGAACUGUGGCAUCCCUGACCCAUCCCUAGUGAACUACGCCACCUUCUCCUGCUCAGAGGGCACAGGCUUCCUGAGUCGCUGCUCCAUUGCCUGUGCUCCCCCAGCCAAGCUGCAAGGACUGAGCCCAUGGCUGACCUGUCUUGAAGAUGGGCUCUGGUCUCUCCCUGAAGCCUUCUGCAAGUUGGAGUGUGACGCUCCACCUCCAAUCCACAAUGCCACCCUGCUCCAGCCUCAAUGCCUCCAGGGCAGCCAUGAUGUGGGCUCCAUCUGCAGAUACCAGUGCCAACCUGGUUACUACACUGCCGGAAGAACAGAGAGUAGAGAGAGCAAGAUCCAGAGCAAGUUCCUGGAGAUCCAGUGUCUGGAGAGUGGAAUGUGGGAGCAAGGCAGCUGUUCCCCAGUGGUGUGUGGGCGUCCUUCUCCUAUCUUUGAAGGCAUGUAUGAAUGCACCAAUGGCUUUGAAUUCAACAGCCAGUGUGUGCUCAACUGUAACCAGGAAAGUGAAAGGCUAUCCACAUUCUGCACCAAGGAGGGAGUGUGGUCUGAGGAAUUCAAGUGUGAGAAUCUACAAGGGGAAUGUCCACCGGUCCCCUCUGAGCUGAAUUCUGUGGAGUACACAUGUGAAGAAAGAUAUGGGAUUGGUGCAGUUUGUUCCCUGACAUGCUUAACACCCCCUAGUGACCCUGUAAUCCUGCCUGAGAACAUCACCUUGGACACACUACAACACUGGAUGGAACCUGUCAGAGUUCAGAGCAUUGUUUGCACAGGGCGGCGUCAGUGGUACCCUGACCCCUUCCUGGUCCAGUGCAUCAAGUCUUGUGAGCCUUUCCAAGCAGAUGGGUGGUGUGACACUAUCAACAAUCGGGCCUACUGUAACUACGAUGGAGGGGACUGCUGCUCUUCCACGCUCUCCUCCAAGAAGGUCACCCCAUUUGCUGCUGACUGUGACCUGGAAGAAUGCACCUGCCGGGACCCCAAAGCUGAAGAAAAUCAGUAACUGUGGGAUCUAGCCUCUCUCCCACUACCCUGGAGGCAACAAGAAGAGGUCUCCACACAGGAAAAAAAAAAGUCAUGAAAUGAAGGAAGAAGAGCACAAGGGGUCUGAUGAGAAAGAAGCUGAGGGAGAUGUAUAGAUGCCAACAAAUCACUUCAAGUAGCUCAAGUAGGGAAGGAUCAUAGGUCAAGUUCACUUCAAAGUGACAACUGAUUAAAAGUGAAAAGAAAAAUAUAAUAGCUAUUCAAGGACCCUCCUCUUCCAUUCAUACUAUAUUCAGACCUAUCCCCAACUCUUGUUCUUCCCCCUACUCUCCAACUUGCCGACUCCUCAGCUUGACCCAACUUGUAAAACAAGACCAAAAUACUACAAGUUGCCAGGGAUACUCUGCUCAUCUUCACUUGAAUGGAUUAUCACCUUUCAGGGGUCAUCUACUCUCAACUGGCUCUCUGCCUUUCAUUUGUGCAGUCUCCCUUAGUAAUGGAUAAGAUUUGUUAAUUCUUUGUAAGUAUUUAAACAUAAUUAUAUAAAUAUAUUAUAUAUAUUAUA